AUGAAGAUUCCUUUUUUUUCUUGUUUUUCUUCAUUCACCAAAGAAAAAAACAACAAUAACGACUACCCAGAGGGACAGAUCCACAAUGGGAGCUUUCGUUUGUUCACUUACAACCAAUUGAAACUGGCUACGCGUAAUUUCCAUUCCUCGGAGAAGGUUGGAGAAGGUGGCUUUGGCUCUGUCUAUAAGGGGAGGCUUGUGGAUGGUUCUUUUGUGGCGGUGAAGGUGCUUUCUGUUGAGGUGGAAUCCAUGCGAGGAGAGAGGGAAUUUGUGGCAGAAUUGGCUACACUUGCGAACAUCAAGCACCAAAAUCUUGUAAGCCUGAAAGGGUGUUGUGUGGAAGGUGUUCACAGAUAUUUGGUCUAUAAUUACAUGGAAAACAAUAGCCUCUAUAGCACUUUCCUAGGUUCGGAAGAGAGAAGGAUGAGAUUCAAUUGGGAAACAAGGAGGGACAUAUCCAUAGGGGUGGCUCGGGGACUUGACUUUCUCCACGAGGAGCUUAAGCCUCAUAUUGUACACAGAGACAUCAAAGCCAAAAAUAUUCUCCUUGAUUGGAAUUUCACACCAAAGGUUUCAGAUUUCGGUUUGGCAAAGUUACUGAGAGACGAAGCUUCUCACAUCAGCACUCGGGUUGCAGGGACAUUGGGUUAUCUAGCUCCAGAAUAUGCCAAUUCUGGACAGGUUUCGCGAAAAUCAGAUGUUUAUAGCUUUGGAGUGUUGCUUAUACAAAUUGUCAGUGGCCUAGCAGUGGUGGAUGCUUAUGAAGACAUUGAACGUUUCAUAGUGGAGAAGGCGUGGGCAGCGUAUCAAUCUAACAAUUUAAUAAAACUGGUGGAUCCCAUGCUCAACAUGAAUUUUCCCGAGGAAGAGGCCCUGAAAUUCCUCAAGGUGGGGCUACUUUGCGUGCAAGAAACCGCGAAGCUUCGGCCACGAAUGGCAGAGGUUGUGGAGAAGUUGACCAACAAAACUAAUAUAAAAGAUGUCAUCAUUUCGAAACCAGGGUUCGUUGCUGAUCUCAGGAACAUCAGAAUCAAGAACCAAAACUCGCCCCAGGAAACAGGUUCAGCAGGAGCAACCUUCGCAAGCUCCAUUUGGAGUUUAGCCAAUCUUGCUCGUUAA